AUGUCCUACCCUCAGCAACCUCCCGCGCAGAGGCCACCACCUCUGCGACAGUAUAACAACGCUCCUGCGCCCUCGGUGGCAUCGCCGGGGGGAUACUCGCACGAUGGAUCCUAUGCAAGCUAUAGCGAUGCCGGCAUGAGCAGCUCGGACUACCAACCCGUAGACCCAGGCUACGAUGAUGCCGCGUAUAGUUACCGGUCUAACUCUGCGGGCUCCGGACCAUAUGCACCCCCGCAAUCGCAGCCACGCUCGAUGCGCCCCCCGGGCCCUCCAGGCGCUGGAUACGGCCGACCACCCGGUCCCGAUGACCGGCGAGGCUAUCCCCCUGGCCCUGGAGGGAGGCCACCACCGCAAAACCGAUCAAGAACACCUGGCGGACGCCCACCCCCAGGCGCAACCUUUGACAAUCCAUUCCCUUCAUUCCCCCCAGGUGACCCAAGAGGAGAUCCCAGGCGAGACCCGCGAGACCGAAGACCCCCCAGAGACCCUAGAGACCGCCGCGGCCCGCCUGGAGGCAUUGAGAAUGGCAUGGCUGCGAUGGACAUUAACGGCAGAGGCCCUCCUCCCCGUCCACACACUUCAAAUUCAAAUGGAAGGCGUCCGGAUAUGAGAGGACCACCUCCGCGUGGACCUCCGCCUGUCAGAGGCCGAGGCGGAUACCCCAUGGGCCCAGUGCGAGCGGCCAGCUCUGGCAGACCAGACCGCCCUUAUAUCGAUCCCAUGGGCGCGCCGAUGCCCCCACCGGGCCGAAGCGCAACCAUGCCGAUUGCCCCAAUGUCUCCAAUGGGCCCUCCAAGUGCUCCAAUGUAUCCAGGCCAAUCGACCUAUCAAGAAUCCGAUUACCCAGCAAGUCCCAUUGUCGAACCUCCCAUGCGCCCCAAUACUGCUGGAAGUAUGCGACCUUCACGAUCUCGUGCUCCCAACGAUAUAGACCCUGGAUUGAUGAUUCCCCCGGAACCCGCCAAUCGCGUUUCAUACGCGCCCAAGGAGUUCCUGGAUAGUUACUAUGAGUCUGGUGGCGGUGGUGACGAGCCUGAUAUGCCCAACUUUGAUGCUAUGCCAGACGCCAAGCAGAUUGGACCGAUUGAUGAGAUGGGAUUGGACACGCCAACCCCCACUCGGAGACCCGGCCCUGGUCCAAAUUCUUCUCCCGGCGGUGACUACUCUCCGUACUCGCCAUCCGCAGAAGCCCAGCGUUCUCAGUCUCACCCAAAUUUGCGACAGGCUGGAGUGAACCAGUUCGACAAUGCGGGAUUCCAGUUCGAUAUUCCGGGAGAAGAUCCUGCUCCCAUGGACCACCAAGACCCUGGAUAUGGACCCAAUGGCUACGGGGAUUACGGCGCCUACUCCCACGGUCCUGCGCCAGUCCGAAUGAAUCAACCAGCCUAUCCUCCAGAGCCUGAUAUGGUAGACCCCCAGCAAAGUCCGGAUGCUCUUCCUCAUCACCCAGCACCAUUCCGUCCUGGCCAUGAUGCGGCCUCAAAACCUGCACCGCUUCGCCAAUACAACACCCCUGAAGCUGCCCCUCCCCAGGCUAUGCCACAGCCAAUUGUGUCAACUGCAAUUGUCCCGACACCAGUCACACCGGAAGAAUUGCAACGGCUGCAACAACAGGUGCGUGGCAAUCCUUCGGACCAGAAGACGCAGCUUCUCCUUGCCAAGAAGUUGGCCGAGGCAGCCACGGUUCUUGUUGAGAAUAACAGCCGUCUCGAUCCCAAGACCAAAGCCAAGGCCAAGGAGAAGUAUGUUCUUGAUGCCCACAAGAUCGUGAAGAAGCUUGUCACAGCUGGAUACUCCGAAGCACAGUUCUUCUUGGCGGAUUGCUACGGUGAGGGUCUACUUGGCCUGGAAGUCGAUCCUAAGGAAGCGUUUUCUCUCUACCACUCUGCCGCAAAGCAAGGUCACGCCCAAUCUGCAUAUCGUGUGGCAGUAUGCUGCGAAAUUGGACAGGAAGAAGGCGGUGGUACCAAGCGCGAUCCGUUCAAGGCCGUCCAAUGGUACAAGCGCGCCGCUUCUCUAGGCGACACUCCUGCCAUGUACAAAAUGGGCAUGAUCAACCUCAAGGGGCUGCUCGGUCAAGCUCGCAACCCCCGGGAGGGUGUCUCCUGGCUGAAGCGAGCAGCAGACCGCGCAGACGAGGAAAACCCCCACGCCCUUCACGAGCUCGCUCUCAUGUACCAGAACGCCGGCGGAAACGACAUCAUCGUUCGUGACGAGCAAUACGCCAGCCAGCUCUUCCACCAAGCUGCUGAGUUGGGAUACAAGUUCUCCCAGUUCCGCCUCGGAAAUGCAUACGAGUAUGGACUGAUGGGAUGCCCCGUUGACAACCGUACAAGUAUUAUCUGGUACACACGUGCCGCCGCCCAAGGGGAACACCAGAGUGAGCUCGCCCUUAGUGGUUGGUACCUUACCGGGUCGGAAGGCAUUCUAUCACAAAACGACACAGAAGCCUAUCUAUGGGCCCGGAAAGCCGCCACUGCCGGUCUUGCCAAGGCGGAGUAUGCCAUGGGAUACUUCACCGAGGUUGGAAUCGGCUCUGCAGCCAACCUAGACGAUGCAAAGCGGUGGUACUGGCGUGCAGCUGCCCAAGGGUUCCCCAAGGCCCGUGAACGUCUUGAGGAUCUCAAGAAGGGUGGAAGCAGGAUGCAAAAGACCCGUCUCUCUCGCUCGGCUGUUAACAAGCAGAGUGACGGUGAUUGCAUCCUGAUGUAA